AUGUCUCUUUUGAGGAGGACUGCUCAUAAUAUAUCGCCACAUUAUAGGCCGUUUCUCCAAACCACCAGUCCCGUACGCCGUACAGCUCUUAACAACUCGAUAUCAUCGCCAUGCGCCAGCCGCAGGAACUUCUCCAUCGCCUCCACGCUCGGCGAGGCAGUCACCAUAACAGCUGACAGUCUCAGUUGGGCUCACAGCGUAGGCGUGCCAUGGUAUGUAACUAUUCCAUUGGUUGCCAUUGGCAUCAACGCGACUGUUCGAUUCCCUCUUCAAUACUACGUUCGUGGUGUACAAGAGGGCCGAAAACCGUUGGAACCGUUGACUGCAGCUUGGACGCGCCGUCAUUUAAGGGCACAGAAUGAAAAAGACCGGGAUUUGCCUCUUCAACUCCGACUUCUUCGCGCUUAUGGUGCUUCUACAAAGUCAAAGAAACGUAUCUACAAGACCUGGGGUGUGCAGCGCUGGAAAAGCUUUGUACCGGUGGCCGGAAUAAUCCCAUUUGUCACCGUGUCUGAAGCAUUGCGACGCAAAUGUGAUGCCCCCUUGGGUUGGAUCAGUCAUCAAAUCGGUCUGGGCAAUGCAGAUUCAACAACAGCAGGCCUAGGAGCUGCAAGCAGCAUGUUCGACGAGUCACUGACGAAUGGAGGCUUGCUCUGGUUUACCGACUUGUCUUCAGCUGAUCCUUACUGUGGCCUACCCGUCAUCUGCUCGGGCAUUCUGGUUUGGAGUAUCUGGGGCAGGAUGGAUAAGGCCCAGCUCAAAAUCCUGUUGGGCAUGAGUCAUGGCGACGAACUUGCUCGCCCAGAUCAUGCUACUGGUGCCUGUGGUGCCUCUCAUGUUUGCCGAUCUGCCCAGCGCCGUCUUUCUCUACUGGGGCACCUCAUUUGCUUUCACUCGGAUCAAUGA